AUCGGGGUCCUUCCUCACUCCUCUCUAUGAAGACCUGGGAAGAUGGCGGACGUAUUGAGUGUUCUCCGUCAGUACAAUAUCCAGAAAAAAGAAAUUGUUGCAAAAGGAGAUGAAGUUAUAUUUGGAGAGUUUUCCUGGCCGAAAAAUGUAAAGACAAACUAUAUCAUCUGGGGAACUGGGAAAGAGGGGCAGCCCAAGGAGUACUACACACUGGACUCUAUCCUGUUCCUGCUCAACAAUGUCCACCUUCCUCAUUCGUCGUAUGUGCGAAGAGCUGCAACCGAGAACAUUCCAGUUGUCAGGAGGCCUGACAGAAAAGGCUUACUUUCUUAUCUCAAUGGCGAAAGUUCUACUUCAACAAGUAUAGACAGAAGUGCCCCAAUAGAAAUUGGUUUACAAAGGCCAACGCAAGUAAAAAGAGCUGCAGAAGAGGCCGCCACUGAGGCCAAGAAACCCAGGAUUGAGGAUGAAGAGCGGGUGCGUCUGGACAAGGAGCGCCUCGCUGCGCGUCUGGAAGGCCACAAAGAAGGAAUCGUACAAACUGACCAGAUCAGGUCUUUGUCGGAAGCCAUGUCAGUUGAAAAGAUUGCCGCCAUCAAGGCAAAGAUUAUGGCCAAAAAGCGGUCCACCAUCAAGACGGACCUCCACGACGACGUCACCCAGAAGCAGAGGAGCUUCGUGGACGCUGAGGGGGCCGUCACUAGGGACAUCGUGAGCAGGGAGAGGGUCUGGCGCACCAGGACCACCAUUCUCCAGAGCACUGGAAAGAACUUCUCAAAGAACAUCUUUGCCAUCCUCCAGUCGGUAAAGGCCAGAGAGGAAGGCCGUGCGCCAGAGCAGAGGCCUGCACCAAACGCAACUCAAGUGGACCCGUCUGCCAGAAGCAAACAGCCGGUGCCUGCUGCCUACAACAGAUACGACCAGGAGCGCUUCAAGGGGAAGGAAGAAACUGAGGGCUUCAAAAUCGACACCAUGGGAACCUACCACGGCAUGACCCUGAAGUCUGUGACGGAAGGGGCAUCUGCCAGGAAGGCCCAGGCCCCAGUGCUGCAGCCCGUCCCUCGGCCAGUGUCUCAAGCCAGACCUCCACCAAAUCAGAAGAAAGGAUCUCGGACACCAAUCAUCAUCAUCCCAGCCGCCACCACCUCCCUCAUCACCAUGCUCAACGCCAAAGAGCUUCUGCAGGACCUCAAGUUUGUGACACCGGAGGAGAAGAAGAAGCAGGGCCUGCAGCGGGACAAUGAGAUGCUGCUCCAGAGACGCAAGGACCAGGUGCAGCCGGGCGGAGCCACGCUCAGCGUCACCGUGCCCUACCGCGUCAUCGACCAGCCCCUCAAGCUGGCCCCGCACGACUGGGAUCGCGUGGUGGCUGUGUUUGUGCAGGGGCCAGCCUGGCAGUUCAAGGGCUGGCCCUGGCUGCUGCCUGACGGAUCUCCAGUGGACAUCUUUGCCAAAAUACGUGCCUUUCAUCUUAAGUAUGACGAGGCGAAGACGGACCCUAAUGUGCAGAAGUGGGACGUCACGGUCCUGGAGCUGAGCCAUCACAGACGCCACCUGGACAGGCCAGUCUUCCUGCGUUUCUGGGAAACGCUUGACAGAUACCUGGUUAAACACAAAGCCCACCUCCGCUUCUGAGGCCAGAGUCACGCCUGAACGUCCACGGAGGACCUCCUCUCCUCCCGCCUCUCUGCUCCGCCCCUCCCAGUGUGCUCCUCCCCCCUCCCUCCACACACGGCUGGGCUGGUGGAGGCUCCAGGGUUGAGGAUGCUUGGACCACCCUCCUAGCCCUCCUUUUCUUUUGGUACAUCCACUUGAACUGUUUUAUAUGGAGGAGUCCUUCCGCUCAGACCAGCAGAUGUUUUACAGCCAGCAGUGGUUUGAGAGGCAGGAGAAAAACCUAGAUUGUCUUUUAUGAUUGCAUUUAGUUUUUUUCUGAAAUGCAGAGAGACGGACUGACAGAGGAACUUAAAGCCCAUGUCGCCGUGCUUGGUCUGUAUUUUGAAUCGCCACAUGAAAAGCAUUGCUCUUCAGUUUCUUGUAUUUGUUUGGGGAGGGGGUCAGAUUUAAUUGAAGGGAUUCUCUUUAUACACAUUAAGGAUUUAUACCAUGGGGGGGGAUAGUUGUUGCUAGAAUGUAAAUAUGAUAAUUCUCAGAGCCAAAGGUCUGAGUAAAAUAUUUUUUUUGUCGUUCUUUUGACACUGAAAGAAGACGUUGGUCCGACCGCAUUUAUCAAGCCUCAUAACUGCAGUCUGUUCAAGGUUUAAGAUCAGCAAUUGGUCAUGCAAUGGCCGCUGCAAGCUGUUCGAUGUGUUUUCACCCAAUUGUUCUUUGAAGCUGGACAGUAAUGCUUUAAAUGACCACAUAAAAUGGACAAUAAAGGCUGAUAAAAGGA